AUCGCGCCACCUCAUUAUCGUAAACUGCCACUCGCUCCAACGCCAAGCAAAUAAUGGCUUCUUUUGAUCAGAAAAUCCAGACCCAUCCGAUUCGAAUAGGGCCCGUUUCUUACAUUGUUCAGAGCAGCAAUUGAAAAGGAGAAAGAGAAAGGAAAAAACCCGCUACCACAUUCAUUGAGACUUGAAACGUUUCGGUUCUAGGCAAAGCAAUAGCGUGAAGAAGUUUGGACUCAUUUGUUUAGAUCUGGUUUUAUUGAAGUGAGAGAUUUGGGAAUUAGGGAUUUAAGAUAGAAGGAAGGAUGGAGGACGACAAGAAGAAGAAGAGAAACAAGAAAAAGAAAAACAAGCAGACCAAAACGACGGCGGAAGAUGAUUCAGCUGUUGGUCUUGAUCAGAAUGGUAUGAGUAAUGGGAAGAAUGAUUGCGACCAAGCUAACCUUGAUAAUGUUCAGAAUGGUUCUCUGGGAAAUGCUGAUGUGGGUCCGGAUAGACAUCAGAACAAUGGAACAGACAUUUCCAUUUUAACUGAAGCUGAGAAGCAACAGUGGCUGCAAAGAGAGGCCAUAUUAAAACAGACAAUAAAACAAUUGCAGAAUGAAAAUGAUUCACAUAUGCAGAAAGAGGCUAUCAUAGAAGAGAAGAUCAAACAGUUACAGAAGGAAAAUGAUUCCCACAGGCAGCAAACGGCUACAUUAGAACGGAAACUAGAGCAUUUAAAAAAUGUAAAUGAUUCAGCUUUACAGAAAGAGUUUACUUUAAAAGAAAAAAUCCAACUGUUGAAAAAUGAAAAUGAUUCACACUUGCAGAAAGAGGCUGGUCUGGAGACGAAAAUCUUACAAUUGCAGGAUGAAAAGAGGAUAAUUCUUCAAACAGAGGCAAGCUUGGAGGAAAAAAUUAAACAACUAGAAAGCAAUAAAGUUUCAUGGACUCUAGCAGAGAAUACCACCAAAGAAACAAUUGCUAGAAUGAAUAUUGAUAUCACAAAACUACGGAUGCAGGUGGUGGAGUUGGAAGAAUCCAGGAAUAGUCUGUUGAUAGAAAACCAACAACUGGUGGAAAAUAUCUCUGGUCUGCAGUUACAGCUUCAGAGCCUCGAGACAGACAUCUCUGCAAAAGCAUCAGAUGAACUGAAAAAGCAUGCUUCUGAACGUGAGGAGUUGAACUCCCAGAUUGAAGCAGCUUGUGUUCUGGUUGACAAAUUGAUCACAGAAAAUGCAGAUCUUGUUGAGAAAGUGAACGAGUUGUAUGUUAAGCUCGACCGGCAAAGUUCACCAGCCGGGCUUUCUUCAACUACAGGCCAUGAACUCAUGGUUGAAAAUGCUGAAAAUGUCAUUGUAACCAAUUCCAUAGCUGAGCCUGGUGAAAACAUAACUGCAGUGGGCCUAAAGUUCGAGACCUUGGAAGUUGAUCGUGCUGCUGUAGUUACAUAUGAUGCAGAACCCGACUCUGGAGAGAUUGUGCAAAUUCCUUUGGAUGAUAACGAACUUCGAGAUUUGGAGAUGCAGGCUGUUGAGAGCGACAAGAUGGAAGCUAUACCACUUUCAGAUGCUCCAUUGAUUGGAGCUCCUUUCCGGUUAAUAUCAUUUUUCACUAGUUAUGUUAGUGGUGCCGAUUUGGUUGAAAAAAACACUUUAAAUUCGAGGUCUUAGCUUAGGAAAUGGCAAAGGGCAUUUGUUAUCAUUAUUUUUUUCCCCCUAUACAAAUUACUUCUCAUGUAGAGAGAUUAAAUAUGAACUAAGUUGGGGCCAUCACUUUUUUUUUUCUAUACAGAACACUAGCGCAGAGAAAAGAUAAGCCAGGAGAGUUUGUAUACUAACUUUAUGUUCGAGAUUAUGGUUGUUCAUUCAAAGUUUAAAUCUACCUUGCAUCAUAA